AUGCAUUCAUUAUCGGAUGGUUCACUAUAUCCAUGGAUAACAACAACAAUGAUUAAUAUGUUACGAAAUAAAAAUGGAAAAUAUGAAUACGUGAAAAAUGCACGGCAAGUCAAAUGGUUUUCACGUAAUACCACGUAUGCGAUGGUAACUUUACACGCUUUAGGAAUACUUUCUGCAACAUCGCAUAAUAAAACGGGCCUUAUCCGAUAUUAUGGAAGAUGGCCAGUUCUUCUUGCUGGCUUAUAUUUGUGUACAUUUUCCGCGGCGUUAUUUGCUUUUAGCUUUUUGGAUGCUUAUAGUGCUAAAAAAUUAGCCGAAAAAAAUGAACAUAUCGGUUUGUUUUAUUUUAUUAGAAUUUUUAAAUUUAAUUAA